CCCAACAGUUGGCUACGAUUGUAGUGGGAGACAAAUGGUUCCCCCUUUCCCCACUCCAUAAUCUCUUUCUUCUCUCUUGCAAGUUGCAACGAAAACCCUAAAAGUUUCCUCGCUGCUGGUCGCCAUGGAACCCGCUGCAGAGCACGACGGUAGCAAUGAAGAUUUGGAUGACACAGUUUCGUCGAGUUCGUAAUCGAGCCCUAUCCAUGGUGAGGAACAACAUAAACUGACGGUGGUGGUGGCGCUGGACCAGUAGGAGGAAAGGGUCAGAGUUGGUGGAACCGCCGAUGUUCAGGAUGGAAGACGGGAGAAGCUCGCGGCUGCCGAGGAGGGGACCUGGAAUGGCCACGACUCCCUGGCCGGGGAAAAGUAGGGCGACGGCGGCACAAGCUAACCAUGGAGCUUGGAGCAGCAGCAGCAAACAUAAUGGACAAUUACUGCAGAAUUACAAAAACUGGUUUGGGAGGCCGGUGCCACCGACAUCAGGUUCCCGUUCACCAUCAAUGGUAGGCCAUCUGCAGGUUAGGACUUUAGAA